GAUAAAGCAAUGGAAGUCAUUCCUCUGCAAAGACUUUAUGACGAAGCAGAAGCAGAAGAAAGUGGUUCUCUUGAAGAUUCGCUUGUUCGACGACUACUACAUUGGUUUAAAAAUGACUUUUUUGUUUGGGUGAACAAUGCACCUUGUGACUACUGUUCAAAUACACAAACUCAAUCAAUAGGACUGGGAACACCUAACGCUGAAGAUCUCAAGUAUGGAGCACAUACAAUCGAACUAUACCAAUGCACAACUUGUCGACAGGUUACUCGAUUUCCUCGAUACAAUGAUCCGGGAAAGUUGUUGGAAACAAGGAGAGGACGAUGUGGCGAAUGGGCUAACUGUUUCACGUUAUGCUGCCGAGCAAUUGGAGCAGAUGCCAGAAUUGUAUAUGACACAACUGAUCAUGUUUGGACAGAAGUCUAUUCUGAGUACGAACAACGUUGGAUCCAUUGUGAUUCUUGUGAGGAAGCCUGGGAUAAGGUAUAUGCAUAUGUGUGA